CUAUGGUCUGAUAAAGCCAGCUGACAAGCAGUUCCCUAUUCGUUCUCUACUAGCCUACGUCUUUUCACUUAAUCUAUAUGAACUGGAAUUUGGACUUUCGCAACUUUUUAGGUGGGUGUCUGUCAGUGCACUAGACCAGGCACGGAGUGCACGAAGUGAAUUAGUGAAUUCCGACGCUGAGGUUUACACGAAGUGAGAGUGAGAGAGCGCUGGAGAUGACAAAGAAAAAUCUUAGUCACAUACACUAAUUAUGCGUGUUAUACAAAAGAAAACACUGGGAAUUUUUCUGGUGGUCUUACCACUCAUGGUUAUACUCAAGUUCCACUGGACCUCAUCGACCAUCGCAACAACUGAUGUGCUACAACGACAAGAUUCUUUAAAAGAGCUACUAGAGAUAAGGAUACAACAAAUGGAACAUGGAAAUGACAACAUUCCUUACCACAUCAAAGACAGCGUCUCAAGGAGCCUUGCCAUUAACGGAUGUGUUUGUGAAGGUGAUAAACUAGGCAUACAUUUCCCAUUUGCUCAUUUACUGUUCCCUCAAGUAUCGGCUACCCAGCUACGCAGUACCGUUCAAGACUCAGACCUGGAAAGGGCACAGAAAUAUAAUAAAAAAGAGUACCACAGCUUCCGUAAGAGGACUUAUACAGCUGCAGACUUACUUAUCCUAGCAGAGGCCAACAGCCCUCUUCAGUACCCUACCCAGGGUGUGGAGGUCAGACCAAAAAGGACAAUUCUAAUCCCUGGUUUGAGUCUGAAGGACAAUUCCAAGAAGAGCUCUUAUUUGGUAAAUCUUAAUGCUACAAUGGGAACAUUCGAUACAGCUGCAUUGGUGGAUGGAGUGCAAAUAAAAGGGGACGGAGAGAUGCAAAUUAGUUUUGUGAGCAGAUCACUGGCCGCACUGAACAGACAGCUACAGUUUGUUACCUACACAAACACACAGUUCCACCCCAACACAGCAGAUGUAGUACAACUGAAUACUGUCGGAUUUCAGGCAUCCUUCACCAUUAGAAUCAGACAUCCACCAAUGCCUAAGUUCUAUAAUCCUGGACCCCAAAAGGAAUACAAUGUAAACACUCUGGUCACCAUAGCCACAAAGACAUUUUUACGCUAUGAUAAAGUUCAAGAUUUAAUCAACAGCAUUCGACAGUUCUACCCAACUAUAACUAUAGUGAUAGCAGAUGACACCAAAGACCCUAAACCUGUGACCGGACCCUACAUCGAACAUUAUAUCAUGCCCUUUGGCAAGGGCUGGUUUGCUGGCCGCAACCUGGCAGUCUCUCAGGUGACAACCAAAUAUGUGCUUUGGGUGGACGAUGACUUCAUUUUUACCUCAAACACAAAGCUGGAAAAAAUGGUGGAUAUUUUGGAGAGAACUACUUUGGACCUGGUGGGAGGUGCAGUCAGGGAAGUGACAGGAUACUCUGCCACCUAUCGACAUACCAUCUCCACGGACGCAGGUGACGAGGAGGGAGAUUGCUUACACAUAAGGACGGGAUACCACCAUGUUAUCGAGGGAUUUCCCAAUUGUGUGGUUGCAGAUGGUGUCAUUAAUUUCUUUAUGGCUCGCACAGAGAAGAUAAGACAAGUUGGCUUCGACCCACGUCUGGCUCGGGUUGGCCAUUUAGCAUUUUUCAUAGAUGGGCUUGACUCUCUGUAUGUGGGCUCCUGUGAUGAUGUUAUUAUUGAUCAUGCAUCGAAGAUCAAAGCCAUGUUGCCAUGGGGACAGUCUGAGAUUGACAAAGCCUAUUCCAAGUUCCGUUAUCCCUCCACACAAGAGACUAUUGUGAAUGAAUAUGAUCUUUUCUAUCGCAAGAACCAUUUUAAAUGUGUCACUAGCGACUAAAUGUGGAAUGUCACAACCUCUGUAAAGCACAUUUCUUCUGUGCUUUACAGAGGUUGUGCUUCUCAAUUUUUUUUUAUUUAUUCAUUUUUUUUUUUUUUGGUCAUGGCCCAGGUGUGCCAGGCAAACAUACAAUCAAAGCUUAAGGAGAAAAAGAGGUGGAAAGGAAAAGUGUGUGUGUGUGUGUUCUUAUAACUAAGAAAGAACACACAAAAAGCAAUACACAAUGUCAUUUUUAUGAGACACAAAGGGGUGAUAUUUGAUGCAAAAUGUUUAUUUGCCACAAUAUUAACAGCUAUUAACAUGAAUGUUGUCACUACAUUGUCAAGGUAACACUCUCAUUCAAAAUAAGCUGGCAGUGAUGUACCUAUGUCUUUGUAGGAAUGCCCUGCACCCUUCAGAGGUCUUACUUGUUCUGCCCUCCAGAGAUAUUAGGGCAUGCCAACUUUCAAAUGCAAUUUCAAUUUUGUUUAGUAAUUUUAUUAUUUUAAUCUUUUAAAUAAUAGCUCCCUAGUUACACAUUUGUGUCACUAACCAAAUAUAUUCACUCAUAUGGAAGCCCCUUGUAAAUGAAUUAAAUUUAGUAAAAAAUAAAUAAAUAAAAUUAAUAAUAAUAAUAAUAAUUAUAUAUAUAUAUAUAUAUAUAUAUAUAUAUAUAUAUAUAUA